AUAAAUAGGACUGAAGAGGACAAAAGCCAAGACUUAAAUAAGUACUAUAAAUGAAUGAAAUGCAUCUUUUGGAACAUUUUGACCAACACUAUAUAUAGUGUCACUAUAGCUAGUUCUAACAAUCAAUAAUUCAAACUAUAGACUAUCGUGUAUUUGUUAAACAUAUCCAUUUUACAGGGCAUGAAGGUCAAUUUUGCGACCUUCCCAAGACCCAUACAAUGAAAACUCCAACUGUGCUUCUAGCAGCCUUCAUUAAUAACUUUCUGGGAAGUAGUUUGGGGUAUUCGGCGGGAAUCAUUCAUUUUGGACUGGUUGAAAAAUUCCCAGAAUCUGUUUCAGAAGUGACCCUGGCAGGUGCUCUGUUCACUAGUGUUUUCUGCUUAGCUGGUCCUAUAUCCACCUCUGUGAUCAAUACAUUAUCCUGUAGGACUGCUUUGUUCAUUGGAGCAUUCCUAAACUUUGCUGGCUUCCUUGUGUCAAGUUUUUCACCAAGCAUAGAACUUGUUGUAGUCUGUUAUGGGAUUAUUGCAGGAAUCGGUCAAUCCAUGAUGUAUUCUGCCAGUGUCCUAGUCGUAGGAUACUACUUUCAUAAAAACGUCAGUGUAGCUACGGGAGUAGUGGUGUCAGGGACAGGCUUGGGUGUAACAGUGUUCCCAUUGUUUACCGAGUUCCUCCUAAGGACAUACGGAAUUGAUGGAACCUUUCUCCUUCUCGCAGCAAUCAGUCUCCAGACUUGUGUUUUUACUAUGUGCAUAGGAAUUCAUGAUAUAGAAAGGGAAAGAAAAAGACCUCAAAAGUUCUCAGAGAGAUUGAAAAUAGUAGUACAUGACGUUAGGAAGCUUUCUUCUAAUGGUGCCUUCUGUCUUCUGUGUAGCAGUAUUUUAUGUUGGAGUACAAGUUUGAAUACAUCUGUGCUUUUUCUGCCAGACUAUUAUAAAAGAACAGGUUCUUCAGAGCUAGAAGCUGCCUCGUUAAUGUCUAUUUAUGGAAUAUUCAACUAUUUUUCAAGAGUUAUCAUUGGUUUUGCAGCAUCAGAUAAAGAAAUAGACGGGAAAAUAUUGUAUAUGGGAUCAUACUUCAUACUGUCCUUGUGUACAGCAUUCCUGCCUAUGGUUGGGACCUCUUAUGCAGGGAAGAUUUUCUAUUCGAUAGUGCUUGGGUUGUAUUCCAGCGGAGUUUGGUCGCUCUUGACGACUAUAACAGUUGAAAUUAUUGGUAUCAAACAAACAUCAACAGCAUUUGGUAUUGAAAUGUUGACGAGCGGAAUAGGUUUCCUAUCAGGACCGGUCAUUGGAGAUAAUAUAAAAGAAUUUAGUGGAGGGUAUUCUGUUGUAUUUGGAAUCUCUGGAUUUUUGUACAUGAUGGCUGCCGUGUUUGAAGUUUUGAUGAUUUUGACAAUGAGAAAAUCAAGCGUUCCUCAGAUGAAUGAAGAUCAGAGAAGAAGUACUGAAAAUGAGAAUAGAAUGAUAGAGGAUGGAAAUGAAGAAUCAGUCGAAGAUGACGAAAGAACCAUAGACAUCGAAGAAAGACAAAGACUAAAAUGAAAUAUUUGUACUAGCAUUGCGGGUUCCAAAUUAAGUAUCAGUGAUUAAAAAAAUUUGAUGUCUGGAUUGGUAUAUAUAUUUAUGCCCCUGGAUCGAAAGAUCCCAGGAGGAAUAUUGCUUUU